AUGCCAGCUGAAUGUGUCAAAGUCAUUGUAAGAAUGCGUCCAUUCAAUCAAAGAGAAAUGGAGAAUGGAAGCAAGCCAUGUGUGGUAGUUUACGAAGACACCAACACUGUGGAAUUAAAAAAUGUAUUCUAUUUAAUCAAUCAUACCUUAGACAUAGGAUAAUGAUGUGAAAUCGUAUACAUAUGAUUACGUGUUUGGAUCAGAGACACCUCAACUGUCCAUUUAUUAGAAAACUGCUUUCAAUUUGGUAGAGAGUGUUGCGGAUGGUUACAAUGGAACAAUAUUUGCAUAUGGUUAAACAGGUAUUAAUAUUCAAUUAUCCUAUAGGUUGUGGUAAAACAUUCACUAUGAUUGGAGACCCAUCUAGUGUAUUAAUAUUAUUCAUUAUUAGGAAACAAUGAAGGGUAUCAUACCUAGAACUUUUGAUCAAAUUAUCAGCAUUAUAAAUAAUAACUCAGACUCAAACAAGAAAUUUCUACUUCGAUGUUCAUACAUAGAGAUAUACAAUGAAGAAAUACAUGAUUUAUUAAGCAAAGAUGUGAAGCAGAAAUAUGAGUUAAAAGAGAGAUAAUAAGGUGUCUACAUUAAGGAUCUAAACAUAGCCGUGGUUAGAACCACUUAGGAAAUGGAUCGAUACAUGUAAUUGGGUACAUAAAACAGAUCAGUUGGAGCCACAGCCAUGAAUAAGGAAUCAAGUCGUAGUCAUUGCAUUUUCACUGUAUACAUAGAAUGUUCUGUUACAGAUCAAAAGGGAAAUGAGAGAAUUACUGCUGGCAAAUUAAACUUGGUGGAUUUGGCAGGUAGUGAAAGAUAAUCAAAAACUUAAGCCACAGGUGACAGAUUAAAAGAAGCUACAAAAAUCAAUUUAUCACUUUCAGCUUUGGGUAAUGUCAUUUCAGCCCUUGUUGAUGGUAAAACAUAGCAUAUUCCUUACAGAGAUUCUAAAUUAACAAGAUUAUUACAGGACUCUUUGGGAGGAAAUACAAAAACAAUAAUGAUUACAGCUAUCAGUCCGUCUGAUUUUAACUUUGAUGAAACUUUGUCUAGUUUAAGAUAUGCAUCAAGAGCCAAAAUGAUUAAAAAUCAACCUAAGGUAAAUGAAGAUCCAAAAGAUGCUUUAUUAAAAGAGCAGGCUGAAGAAAUCAAAAGACUUAAAGAAAUGCUAUCCAAAUAAGCAGCAGGCUAACCUAUAUCUAUGGAUGCCUUUUAGCCUGUUGCUAAAUCAGAAAACAAUUCAGAGCUGGCAAGAUUAAAAGCAGAAAAUGAUAGAUUGAAAGAGAAGAGCAAAGCCUAGGCAGGAGGUGGACCCUCUGAAGAGAAACUUAAAGAGUUGCAUGAAUUUAAGGAGAAGAAUAAUCAAUUACUAUAAGAGAAGGAAAGAAUUGAAAUGGAAGUAAGAGAGAAGGAGAUUUAAGCAGAAUAAGAACGAUAAGCCAGGAAGAGAUUGGAAGAUUUAUUGAAAGAAAAGGAAUAAAUGAUGGUUUAAGGUGGCAAAGGUACUGAUGAUGAUAAAAAGAAAUAUAAAAAAUUGAGACAAGCAAUUGAUUAAUAAAAAAAAGAGCAUGAAGCUCUUAUUAGUUAAUAGGAAUAGCAAUAAUAAGAACUUUUGUAAAUUGAGACUAAGUAUCAAAGUGUUCAGGAAGAGGUUGAAAAGUUAAGAAAACUUGUUAAAUUUUUGAGAAAGAAAUUAGAAGAGGCUUAGAAUGAGUAGAAAGAUUUAAAACAAGAAGUUGAAUAUGAGAAGGAAGAUCUGUUGGAUACUAUUAGAAGUUAAGAAAAAGAAAUAAAAUUAUAUUCUGGCAUAGUUAAAAUGAUGUUUAAUCAAACUGAAUUAGAAUCUCUUCAAGCAGCAUGUGAAUGGGAUGAUGAUUCUUCAGAUUAUAAGAUUCCUCCUUUCAAUUUUAAAGCAAAGAAAGUCAAUUUUCCUAAUUUGCCUUAUAAACAAGGUAAUCAUAUUAAUUGAAACUAGCAAUCGAUUUAAUUGAGCAAGAAAAGGCUGAAAGGAUCAUUGAAAUUAAUUCUCGAUAAUCUGAUAAAAGUAGUUACAAUGAUUCUGAAUACAAUUAAAGAAUGACUUCCCCAAAAUAACAAAUAAAAGGUAGUCUCUAAUUAUCAAUGUUAGAUUAUCAACAAAAAUAAAAUGGUGCAAGUUAGCCUCAGUUGGAUAGAGCAUAAUUAGUGGCUGAGAAGAUAAAAUUGAAUUAUUAGAUGCUCGAAGAAAAAGAAGGAAAAUAUCGAUACUCGAAUGAAGUUUCCAAUCAGUAAUUCAAUGAGAAGAAACCAAAUCAAAAAAUAAUGUUAAGUCCUAUCGAUAAUCGAGGAAACACAGUACCCAAUUUUCCAAGUCAAUAUAGUUUUAAUAGUAAUACAAACAGCAGCAAUUUAUCACAAGCAACACCACCAUCUAAUAAAAAAAGUAUUACUAAAUUUUAUUCUUAGAUGUUAAUCUUUAACCCUUAGAAACAAAACCAUAGCUUUCAGGACCUGAUGAUUUAUAAAGAAGGAAGUAAUACUAGAGAGUCUAACAAAUUUGA